AUGGAUAAGAGUUGGUUAAAUCAGCCUAGAUUUACUACUGCUUAUAAGGAUGGGGUUCGAGAUUUUCUUCAAUUUGCCAUGCGUAAUGCUUUUAGUAAUGGAAAAAUAAUGUGUCCAUGUAUUCGGUGUGUUAAUUGUUCACAACAAACUCUUGAAAUUGUUAGAGAGCACUUAAUUUGUGAUGGUUUUAUGAGGGGAUACACUACUUGGAUAUUACAUGGGGAGGAGUUACCUUCUAAUAUGGGUGAUACAUCUUGUCCUUUAGAUAUUUCCCAUAGAAAUGAAAUUGAACAUGUUCCCAGUCCUCAUACCUUAAAUCCUCCUAGGUUACGCGAUAAUAUGGUAGAGUUAUUGCAGGAUGCCUUGCGUGAUAAUCUUCCAUCUAUUAAUGACACGCUAAUGGACGCGAAUGUCAUAGAAACUAGCUUAGGAGAUGGCAUUGAGGAGCCCAAAAUAAUCCAAUUGCGGAUAUAUGCUUCUGCUGAAACCGCUAAGGAAAUGAGGUGGCAUGAAGAUGGACGUAAUAAGGAUGGAUUAUUAAGGCAUCCUGCAGAUGGAGAAGCUUGGAAGGCUUUUGAUGCUCGUUAUCCUGAUUUCUCUUCGGAGCCACGUAAUGUGAGGCUUGGUUUGUGUAGUGAUGGUUUUAGUCCUUUUGGAAUAAUGUCCACUAGUCAUAGCACAUGGCCGGUUGUACUAAUUCCUUACAACACUCCACCAUGGAUUUGCAUGAAGCAAUCUUCAUUUACCUUAUCAAUGAUUAUUCCAGGAAAAAACAGUCCUGGGAAUGAUAUUGAUAUUUAUUUACAGCCUUUGAUUUCUGAAUUAAAAGAAUUAUGGAGUGGUGUCUCAACUUUUGAUUCUUUUAAGAAAGAAAGGUUUUCUUUGCGUGCUGCUUUGAUGUGGACAUUAAAUGAUUUGCCUGCCUUAGCAAUGUUGUCUGGUUGGAGGACUAAAGGAAAAUUUGCAUGUCCUUGUUAUGCUUCGUCCACUAGUUCAAUAUGGCUAAAUAAUAGCAAGAAACAAUGUUACAUGGGUCAUCAUAGGUGGCUACCCGAGGAUCAUAUAUUUCAUAAACAAGCUGAAUUUUUUGAUGCCACUGAAGAGUUACGGGUAGCUCCUAUAAGAGCGAAUGGUAGUGAUGUGUUGAAUCAAUUAGAUAGAAUUCAACAUACAUAUGGCAAGCAAUCAAAAAUGAAAAAGAGGAAGAAAAGGUCUAAUGAAGGAAAUGAUGAUUCAUUAAUAAGGUGGAAGAAGAGAAGCAUUUUUUUUGAAUUACCAUAUUGGCAACAUAACUUGCUACGCCACAAUCUAGAUGUUAUGCACAUUGAGAAGAAUGUGUGUGAUAAUUUUCUAGACACUUUCUUGAAUGUGGCUGGUAAAUCAAAAGACAACUUGAAUGCUCGCCUUGAUUUGGAGGAAUUGGGCAUUAGGAGUGAAUUGCAUGCCCAAAAUUGUCCAAAUGGUGUGUUAGAAUGA